AUGCGUCUCCUCGAGUCCCUCCUCAAGACCCUCCUCAUCCUCCUCAGCAUCCUUAGCUUCACCACCGCAGUCCCCUUCUCCUCCCCUCGCACCACCGAAACAGAAACCGAAAUCGAACUUCACCCACCGAACGCCGUCCACCUAGCAACCAGCUUCAUCUCCCUCUCCCACGCCCUCUCCUCGCUGCGCCUAACCAAGUGCCCCCUCGACGUUGUCUCCAUCAACCAAACCACCAGCAAACGCUCAGCAGGAAUCCCCAAACGAGGACACGAGGAAGCAGCAGCAGCAGCACCGCACCUCAGUCCCCCCUCCGCCCACCUCUCCCUCAAAUUCAUCGCCCUCGGCCGCGGCACGCAGAACUACACCUGCCCGACCACCUCGAAGGACAACACCCCCAAGAAUUCAUCUGCAACCCCCAUCGCCACCGGCGCCGUCGCCACGCUCUACGACAUCUCCUGCCUCGCCGCAACCCCGAAGGACCAUGCGCUGCGAUUCCUCCACGCCCUCCCAGGAUUCACCCGGGCCAUCCCGCAGGAAGUCCUAGCCUUCUAUGCCGUGAUGCUGUCCCAGUCCGCAAUCAUCGGGGAGCAUUACUUCUCACCCUCCCAAUCUUCUUCCACCACCUCGACCACCGCAGCCGCAGCAAUGCCCGUCUUCGAUCUCCGCCCCGCGACCUUCGGAAAACAAGGCGGAAGAUACGAGUCCAACUGGGUCAAGGCCAAGAAGGUGGAGAGUGUGAAUGCCCCUGGUAGCGGAGGCGAUGAUGUGCCCUGGUUGAAGAUGGUUUCGGUGGAGGGAUCUGGUAUCCAGGAGAUAUAUCGUGUCCACACGGCGGGAGGGAUGAGUCCGGCGACUUGCGCGGCGCACGAGGGGGAGUUUGGGGUGGAGUAUGCGGCGGAGUAUUGGUUUUAUGGAUGA